AUGGUGGAGAGCGGUAAAGCUGGUAGAGGAACAGUGGCCGAGACCUCCGGUUAUUACCUGGAGCGGUUUAAGGGAGGUUUUCUUAGACAAUACGCGGCCAAGUUUGUGGAGUUAUCUCGCUUCACCCCAUACAUGUUCCCAGACGAGCCAAAGAAGGGUCGGAGGCUUGAGAAAGGUUUGAGGCAGGGAAUACGCGCGCAGGUGCUGGCGUCGUUGACUCAAAGUUUUUCUGAACUGGUGGACAAGGUCAUGGCAGUGGAGGCCAAUAUUCAGGAGGGCCAGUGCCAGGAGAUGGGACAUCAAGCCCAUCAGGGGGAUUCAUCACGCUCUACCUGUCCCAAGUGCCACCAUAGGCAUUGGGGCAAGUGCAGAGGUGGAUCAAUUGUCUACUUUCGGUGCGGUAGGGCUGGACAUAUGGCGCGGGACUACUGUGCGACGUUGAAUAACGCACCCCCACAGCAUCAGUAUCAAGGAGGUAACCAGACACCCCGAGGUGGUCACCAAAGGGACACCGCCCAAGCGCAGGUGUACUCGCUUACGCAGGAGAUGCGGAGAACGCCGGCGAGGUGGUGA